AUGGAAAACCUCAACAUCUCCGAUGCCCCUCCCCAAGGGGCCCAACCCGUUCUUGGCGGCCGCGCGCCGCCGCCUCAACAGACCCCUCAGCUUCCGCCCCAGAUGUUCACCACUGCGGCGCAGCUGCUGGACAUGACCGACAAGAAGCUCAUGGUCGCAUUGCGCGAUGGGCGCAAACUGAUCGGCGUCCUCCGUAGCUGGGACCAAUUCGCCAAUCUCGUUCUCCAAGACACCGUCGAGCGCGUCUACGCCCACCCGGACCCGGAAGCCAACCCACCUCGCGAAGGUGGCCUCUUCGCGGAUAUUAAGCGCGGCAUCUUUCUCGUGCGCGGCGAGAACGUGCUCCUCUUGGGCGAGAUCGAUCUCGACAAGGACGAUGACCCCCCGGUGGGCUACGAGCUGGGCGACCUCAAACUCGUCCAGGGUCUGGCAAACGAGAGGAAAGAGAAGGAGAAGGCGCGCGACAAGGGGCGGCUCAAGAAGCUCAGUACGCUGGGCUUCGAGGGCGAGAAUAUGGGCGAGAUCUUGCUCUGA